GUGGUUUACGUGGUCUACGCCGGCGUUAUUUGACGAACGGAAAAUUACACGCGACUUUCCUUGCAUAUUACGUAGUCAUCCCUCAAUCGUAGUUGGUAAAAAUGUGUUUUCCUUGUAGGAUGGCGAAGUUUGCUCUUAUAGUCGCCGGAUUUGUAGGUGUCUUCGUACACGCAGCCAUCGAUAUGGAGGUGGAAAACAAGGCAGUUGAUCGUACCAUAGAUCUCACAUCGCAGUUGGUCAAAAUUUCUUACAAAAUUACAUUGGAACAUAAAUCAAAGGUGCCAAUUAGCAGCUACCUUUUCGUUGUACCACAGACCGAUCGCAAUUGUCUCGCAUACAUAUCGGUCAAAGACUCUUCUAAGAAAGAACUCAAGCUAACUGAAACGAUUACACCGAAAGGCGCAACGUUUAGUAUGGCACUUCCGGCCAGUCCCGUUGCACCUGUUGUAUACAUCGAAACUGUUUUUACCAAGAGUCUGAAACCUUUUCCAUCAGCGAUAGGACAAAACGAACGGCAACUGGUCCAGUACUUUGGUAAUGUUUACUUCUAUUCUCCAUAUAAAACUGUGUCGCAGAAGACGACUGUUCACCUAAGUUCUCGAAACGUAGAAAAUUUUACUCAAUUCAAACCGAGUUCCCAUGCCGACUCCACAAUCGUCUACGGACCAUAUGACAGUGUGUCUGCAUUUUCUAUAGAGCCGAUGACCAUACACUUUGAAAAUUUUGCUCCUUUUCUGACUGUCACCCGCCUGGACCGCACGAUAGAAGUUUCACACUGGGGCAACAUUGCUGUGGAAGAAACCAUCGAUAUUCUACAUUCCGGCGCUGCACUGAAGGGCACAUUUUCUCGCUAUGACUACCAAAAGGAUACUCGUUCUAAUCAACCAAGCGUGAAGUCCUAUAAAACGCUUCUACCUGCAUCGGCUUCAGGCGUCUAUUACCGUGAUACUAAUGGAAAUAUCUCCACUUCCGCAUUGCGCACACUUAAGGACGCAGUCGAGCUAGACCUUCGUCCACGUUUUCCUCUUUUUGGUGGCUGGCGAACGCAUUACACGCUGGGUUAUAACGUGCCGAGCUUCGAAUACCUGUUUCAGAACAAUGAUAACUUCCUUCUCAAAAUGCGCGUCAUCGAUCACAUCUUUGACGACAUGGCGAUUGACGAAGUAGUGAUCAAAAUAAUUUUACCGGAAGGGUCUUCCAACAUCAAACUAAUUGCACCUUAUUCAGUUACCAGGCAUCCUGACUCACUGCACUAUACUUAUCUUGACACAUUCGGGCGCCCCGUCAUCAUGUUUAGCAAGCGAAAUCUAGUCGAGCACCACAUUAAUGACUUCAACUUGAAGUACAAUUUCUCGUGGAUGAUGAUGCUACAGGAGCCGUUAUUGGUGGUGGCUUUUCUCUACAUUCUGUUUGUUUUCGUCAUCAUUUGGAUGCGUAUGGAUUUUUCCAUUAUCAAAGAAAAAGAAAACCAUCUACAUAAAGAUUAGAAAAUAGAUUAUAAUGAUAAAUUCUUCCUCCUCUUUCAUGUAUUGUUCUAAAAAAUCUAAAUUCGGUAAAUAGGUUGGUUCACGUUUAUAAUCAGAGGACCAGCCUGCAUAUUUCAUGUAUUGGUACAACUCAUCUAGAACGUCUUGCAAUAUUAUUCCAAACGAUUGUCACGUAAAUACACUUAGAAUGAUCGUUGAAAAAACUUU